AUGAGCUGUGUGGAAAAGCGGCACAUGAGCCACCGGAUGGGGAGCAUGCUCCACCAUCGCUUCCCCAAUGGUUUCUCAGACUUGUUCAUGGACGAGACGGACCGUGAGGUCAGCACCCUCACCGACAGAGCCUUCCGCAGUCUCUGCGUUGGAGAUGAUGCGGUUUACAACGACGAGUUCUUGUAUGGAUACUCACCAUUCAGCUGCCACAAGCCUUUGGUGGGGGAACGCCUCAAAAAGAAUCACAAGGAGUCCAAAAAGGCGGGGCAAAACAAGCAUGACAAAAGCGAUGCCCAGAAGAACAUAUCCAACAUGUCGUCGUUCCUCAAGGCGCUAAGUGUUGCCGAGGGAAGCUGUGAGGGGAUGCUAAUCAGAAAUGGAGGUAUGGCAGACUCUAACGGGGAGUCAUGGGAUAAGUCAGCACUUCGCAGCAUCCAGAGAGAGUUAUCAGAAUUCUCUUCAGAUUAUCACACUGGGCUCGCUGACAGACAUUACAACAACAAUCAGUCUGGUGAUGGUUUAUCCAACAAGACAGGCAAAGAUGCCAGUCAUCCCUCUGGGAAAUUAACCAAAAUGAAAAAUGGCAAAUCCACCAUCAAACUAAAAAAGCUUAACAUUACAAACUUUUUCCUCCACAGUGAGUUAAGCCCUUUCCAAACAUGGAGGGACUUUAACCAGUACCCCUUUGCUCAAGAGGACGCGGGCACCACUAUUCUGUCUGCAGAUAAUACCCCUAAAUGGUACGACUUGCCGUUUUACAAGGAGCUGACACAGGCACACAGACAAGAGACUGUGCAUACAGAGGAGACACACACAUGCCACAAAGAAGCAAAUGAACCCUCUCCCCCCUCUGUUCUCCAACCCGUCCUUCCCCCUCCUCCACCAAAGGUCCUGCCAAAACCUUCAGCUAUUCUGGCUGAGAAGAGGUGUUCCUCAGAUGGAGGGGAUGGGACUGCUGCCCCCUGGAGGCGCAACAGGUCCAGGGCCAAAAGUGCCAUUCCAGCAAAUCAGCCAGGGAGACAACCUCAAGAGGGCAACAGAAAACCAGUGGAUGAAAGUCUUUUGUUGGUCAAAAAGGAAGUUAAAUCUGUGGAAGUCAAAUCGGUAGAAGAGGUCAGCUCUUUGGCCUCUACUCCAUUCAGCAUCUGCCAGCUGAUGACUCCCGUCAUUCCCUCCAGACAGCCAACAGAAACAUCUGAAAUCCUCCAAGCGGUUCUCUCGCCGUCUGUCCUCGAUCUUCCGGGCCGGCCUCAAUCCGAGGCCAAAGUGACCCCUGAACCACCGGUCAAACGUGAGAGCUACAAAUCACUGGCCUCCAGCAUCCUCUUCAACCUGAAGGACAACCGGAAAAGGGUUAAGAGCAGGUACAGCCCCCCCAAAUUCAAAACCGUGGAGAUGCCUGAAGACACUGACCAGUCUCCACAGUUAGACGUUUUAAGGCAGGCCGGUUCUGACGGGUACGCGUCAGGCUUAAGCACACCUGCCAUUUUGAAAGAUGGGCAGCCAGUUUGCAGUCCAAUUUUGGAACCUGUAGAUUCCCUAGAUGUUGAUCAUACAAAGCGUGAUAGUGAGCACCCUCUGACAGACGAUUAUUUGUUAGCAAAUCUGCUGCACGCUAAAUGGGACACCGCUGAGAAAAGCAGCCACGGAGAAGAAAGUGUAAUUUCUCCAUUUAAAAACCCCAAAGCAAACAAAAACCCCAUGGCCAAGAAGCAGAACUACCCCUCUCUUAAUUUGUAUAAGAAAGCUAGUGCUGUUGACAGCGAUGUGAAUUAUCUUCAACUCCCUCCAAGCGCCAUUGUUUCCGCAAACACCAAUUCCCCAACUGAGACAAAAGACAGACUGCUUUCUCCAAAGGAUCUGCCAACAAACACAAAGCUUUCACCAAGUGCUUUACAUGUCAUCGAAGAGUUUUCCCCAUUGAUUUCACCCCACAUGCUUGAGAUGGAAGGGCUUUCAUCGCAGGUUAAAAGACCCCCAAACAUCCCAGAGAAAGCAAAAAGCCUAUUUAAAAAUACAAAAGAAAAAGACUCUGGAGCGCAGCCUACAGAAAGAGAGUCAGGUGGCCAAACCAUGAGCACAAUGGAAGUGAUCAGAGCAGCCAGGGAAGCGAUUAACGCAACCAAAAGUAAAGCCCGAUCAGCAGGUCAGACAAACAGCGUGAGCAAGGAGGUGGCAGAAAAAGAAGAGCUGAGGAAGAAAGGAACGGAGGACAAAGUUUCAAAAGAAAGACGUGGAAGCAAGAGAGAACAUUUCAAUCCAGAAAGUGACAUUUGCCCACCACUGGUGGGGAAAGUGAACAAAGAGCCCCCACCUGUUCCAAAAAGAAACUUUGCUAUAUCAGAUAUACAGUUGCCUCUUGACAAACGGCCAACAAAUUACACAGGAAAAGUCCCUGAUCCCGAUUUGCCUAACGCAAAGCUUGAUUUACCAUCAAAAGAAAACAAACUUAUUAGAAAACAAGAUAAACUCAACCGUGUCUUUUCAUCCACGCAAAACAAUUACAUAAAAACUCAAAGGUACGCUGUGGUGGAUGACAAACCAGCAGAGGAGUAUGAGGAAGGCAAUCCGGAUGUAAACACUAGAAUGGAGACAGAUAAGGAGAUGACGCCAUGUGGAGAAAUGAGAGAUAGCGGGCAUAUAAUAAAUGAUUUGCAGGCUUUGAAAGAGCUGGAAAGAGCAAGACUUGGCGAUCGCAUGCUUGAGAAUGCAAAGAGCAAGCUAGAGGUUGUCAGCAUAGAUGAGGAGGCAAAGGCUAAGAAUGAUUUGAUCUCUAGGGAGCUUCGGAAUAUAAAGCGAGGUAUGCUCUCCAUGAGAGGGAACACUUCAGCCAAGAGAGAAAUAUUUGCAAAGAAGGAGAAGGAGAAAAGCAAGCCGGAGGGUUUCGCAAAGUUGGACAGUACUGUCAUCGUAAAUAAGGCACUCAUAAAUGCUAAUUAUGACAAAGCCAAAAUGGCACUUGAGGAAAUCAUCUCGGAACGGGAGAGAAAAAGGAGUACAUUUGCAGACCAGGAUGGAAAUUCCACAUCUGGAGAAAACUUUGAUGACACAAAUUUGGAAACACGGACACAGCAAGGAAGGGAGGCUGCUAAGGAAUGUACCAAAGCAGUCAGCGAUAAACAGAACAGCAGUGAUUCUGUGCAUAAAGAAACAGACCUGAAAGAGAGACUAGAGGAUUUCCGAGACCAUAAUCAGCUCAGAAAGAUUUUAUCCCAAACUGAACCGAGACUCGGAGAGACUCACAGAUCAGGUGGUAGGAUAGCACUACCUGGCAUGGACAAGAUUAGCAAUGAGCUAAACAAACACCUUAAAACUAAACCUAAACAUAUGAAAGAUAACUUAUCUGACAAUAAGGCUGAUAAUUCAGAGGUCAUUAUGGCAGAAAUAGCACGACAGUCCGAAGAAAGUGGAGAGUACUUUAAUGAAAGCGAGGGCAAAAAGAUUGGCACUCCCUCUGUGCCUCCAAGGAGCAAAAAGGGAGGCAACAAGAGGGAUGGAGCAGCAAACAAAGAGACAGAUUGGGUGGAUGAAACUGCCUUUACCAAACAUGGUGUGUUUAAAAAGCACGUGGAGCCAUCAAAUAACAGGACGACCUCAGAAAUACGAGAAAAAGAUCAUGAGGAAGCAAUGCAAAACCCAAGUAAAACUUACUCCCCAAAAGACCGACAAGAAGAGGAACAUCAAGACAAUGUAGAAUCAAUUUCUGUGACAAAGGGAACUACAAGCGAACCUGAUUCAAUUCCAAACUUCUCACAAUCUCAAAGUAUUCUUUGUCUGUCGCCGAGGCUGACAGUAAACGAAAACAACAACUUGGAGGUGAUUAUUGGCCCCAAGGAGGAAGGCUUAACAGAAACCGUCAACAACGCUGAGGAACAAGAGACGCAUAAGAUCAAGCGGAGAGCACCUCUGAAACCAGAGCAUUUAAUCUCAGCAGAUGCCAACGUCACUAUCAGUCCCAACACCCAGUAUGAGCCUGACAAAGUAAGCGGUGAUCCUGUACAUGUGGAUGCUGAGGCUCUCAGCGAAACACUGAGGAAUACAGUGUCUCCUUUACAGCUGCUGAAUAGUGUCAGUGUCCCUCAGAGCCCGCCUGAGUCGGCCAGCUUGUCCUCGAAAUCCUCCUACUUUUCCGUGGAGAGUGCGUUGCACAGAAACAUGGAAACCGAGUCAAACAUCUACCAUUCCUUGGAAAACUUGACCGGGGAUAUGGAAGAGGUAGAUGAGGCAAGGCUCAGCGUUUCACAGAAGGAUUCGGACAGAGCUGAGGCGGAAUAUUAUUCUUUGAGCGAUCAGGAAUGUGAGCCGGAUGGUGGAAUGCGGCAGGUUAGGUCUCCUCAAAAAGAGCCUGAGUUACAGCACAAGUACAGCACAGACAGAGAUCCUGGCUCUGCAGAUCAAACAACAACUCCUGUGGAACAGAACUCUGAUAACGCUUUCUCGCCAACCUUCGAGAUCCCAGCUUUGUUUAAAGUAAAAAAUAACAUCUUCGGUAACAAGCCUAAGAAGGUUAUGCCUCCUUGGUCACCCCGACGUGGUCAGAGUGGUUCAGAGGCCGUAGAGGAGGAGUCAAACCAAGCUAAGGAAAACCCUGAGCUUCUUUUCCCAGUGGCUAAAGAAGCUCCAACCGCCGACAUCACAGAAACUUCAACAGACAUUCUUAAACCCGAGGAGAUUUUAUCAAAUCUAUCACCAUCCCUGCCUUCAACUCUCCAAAGCGAAAACUCGACAAGACCCCAAGUUGGAGGUUUUCUCACAGUCCCACAGGAGGAAGAAAGAUUUUUAAGGGUGACUCCAUCAUCUGAAGGCGUAGAGAGCACAGCUGACGCACCCGAUGAAGAGGCAAUGAUUGCCGAUGUUCCCGCUGAGCAUGAGGGGACAAAGGUUCCUAGCGAACGAUCAGGUUCCACCUGUAGUGGCAACGACAGUCAGACGGGACUGCCCAAGCCCCCAGCCGUCUUACCAAAAUCGGAAAAGGCGGUUCUCAAAGCCAUUAAACUGGCAAACAGAAGGAUGAAGAAGGAGGAGGCCCAAAAAUCGUCCCACAAGUCCUCUCAAGGUAGCAGCAAACAUAAAGUAGAUAGACCCAAAAGUGACAAGUCAGAGCAUAAAGGAAGCAGCGGUGCCAAAGUUAGCAGGAGUAGUGAGAAAAAACACAGAGAAAGAUCUGAGGAGGCCCACAAUGGUCGUCACAAUGACCAUCGUCACAGGAGUAACAGCAACGUCCAAGGUGACGGCCAGCAAUCAAGCCACGGGGAAAAACGCCACCAAGAAAAGAGGCACGAGGCCCAGGGACGUGGCCGCAAUCCAGAGGAACACAACAACCGGAGCACGGACGUAGACCCCGGGGUGACACCCGAACGCCAAGGCCGCAGCGGCGACAGACGCGUCCGAGAUAAGCCGGAGCAGAGACAUUACAGCAGCGACAGGAUCAUCAGCAACGUGCCCGUGUACAAAGCUCACGUCGAAGAGAGGCCCCCGUCGGACAGGCCCUUCAACCGGUCUCAAAGCAUCGACAGAUACUUGGGAGCUAAAGUGGAGCGCAGGCUCAGUGCUGACGUGGCGUUCAACGAAAAGCCUGACCCCAGGACUCAGCGCAUCGAGAAGUCCAUCAUGGAGGAGCUUGCUCAGAGAGGAAGAGCCAGAGACAAGGCCGGCAGGGACAAUCCAGUGAGGAGAAGUCACAGUAUUGAUGCCCACUGCAUAGAGGUGCCUCACCCUUCCUCUCUGUCUCGCCAGUCCAGCCACACCAGCCACACCAGCCACAACAGCCAUACCAGUCAGCUUUCACGCCAGUCUAGUAUCGAGCACACUAUCGUGACGCAGUCUUUCCCCAUGACGCAACGGAAGCUUCUCCAGGACCCGGAAUCGGGGCAGUACUUCUUCGUCGACCUGCCCGUUCAAGUCAAGACGAAGACCUUCUUCGAUCCCGAGACGGGGAGCUAUGUGCAGCUGCCCGUGAAGCCGACGGACGGGGCAGUUCCGCAGCCGUCCCCCAUGGAGGUCCUCACGCCACCGAUGGUCGUUUACCACAGCUUCGUCCCCGUCCCUCUCUCCCCCAUGGCUCAGAAAACUACCAUCCAAAAGGCUCACGUGGAGCAGGAGGAGUUUGAACAAAGGCACAUGGAAAGGGCAAGGCAGAUGCACUGUAAGGAGGGUCACCCGUAUUUAGAGCCCGCGUAUGGACAGCACGACCACAUGCUCGGGGAGUUCAUGGGCACAGAAGAGCUGGACUGUCCCAGCUGA